GCGCGCUCCCGCUGCCCGCGUCGCCAUCUUUUUCCCCCUCUGUCCGUCUGUCUGCCGUUGGCUUUGUCCGUCCACCGCGACGCCCCUCGCCUCCCCGCCGCGGGCUCAGCCCGCCGCCCACCCUCUGCCCGCCGGGGUCCAGUCCCGGAGAGCCCCGGCCCCGCCAGCCCGAGCUGCGGCUGGGGCCCAUUGUCCCGCGGUCUGUCUGUCCGGAGGCGGGGCCCAGGGACGCGGAGCGCCGAGGCAGAGGAUUCACAUCACUAGGAUUCAGGCGAGUUUACUUUGCUCCGUGGGACCGCACCAGAGCUGGAGGUGUGAAGUCCCAUGAGGUGCCAUCUGGUCAGUUCCCCAGUGGGCCACUAGGAGGACCGAAAGACGUAGUGGAUGCAAUGCAGCUGCCUUCCUGAAGCUGCAGCCCUGGUGCUGCAGAUUUCAUCUCUUUGCCUUGUAGCUUUAGUAUUGAACUGUUGUCUUGCUAAGAUGAUCUAAAUAGUUACUUGGCUCAAGCUACUUGGCAUUCUUUCAAAUAGAUUUCAUUACCUCUCUCUCAGAGCUUCAGUUCCUGAUCUUUAUGGGGGUAAAUGUAGAUGAGAUUGCAUUUGUUUUUCAUUAUACAAUAGAGAAGUGUAGGAAGAUAGACAGUCUGCAUUUCAUUCAGCUCUCCACUUUGGGAUUCCAUAGACAUGGAGAAAAAGAUCUGAAGUGUGAUGUUCAUUCACAGCUUGUGUUAAAAUGUCUAGAAAGAAUAAACCAGGUGUAGUGAUACGCACCUCUAAUCCACCAGUCAGAAGGCUGAGGCCGCAGGGUCCCCUGAGUCCAGGGAUUUGAAGUCAAGGCCGAGUCUCCAAAAAGAGUAGGGGCAGGGGAGAGAAGAAAACAGAGAAGAGUGACCACCCCCUACAACUGGGGUAUAGCUUAGUUUGUAGAGUGCUUGUCCAGUAUGCAAAAGUCAUAUUCAGCUUCAGUCCCCAGCACCACUUCAAACAGGGAAAGAAGGCUGCCUGUCUUCUUGAGACAGGAAUUUCGGAAGUUCAAGGUCAUUCUCACCCAACCCAGUUUAAGACCAGUUAAGGAUACAUGAGACUCAUAUCUCCAAGGGGGAAAAAAAAAAACCACAGAUAAUAUAUUUCUUUUGUAUUAGAUAUCAGUAUGCUGCUGUCUAAAAUUGGUUUUUCUAUUGUACAUAUUAGGAGUUAUUUUCCUUUUUUUAAUUGAAGGUCUGAAAAGAACUGUGUUUGGUAUGCAGAUAUGAUAGAAGACUGCCUGAAAGCUGCUUCCUUUGCCACUUCCUGUGGAGGCCUGUCUUUGCCAUUUGCGGUUUCUUUCUUCUUUUGGUUAGCACCUCACAAGGAGGUGGUGACUUAUCCAGUGGGACUGGGAGAGACCAGAGCUUUUAUAGCAGGGAAGCAUGUCCCGUAGGAAACAGACAAAUCCAAACAAAGUUCACUGGGAUCAAGUAUUUGCUGGGCUAGAAGAACAAGCCCGACAAGCGAUGAUGAAAACUGAUUUUCCUGGAGACCUUGGCAGUCAGCGACAAGCUAUCCAACAACUAAGAGAUCAGGACUCCAGUAGCAGUGACAGUGAAGGUGACGAAGAGGAGACCACACAAGAUGAAGUAUCUUCCCACACAUCAGAGGAAGAUGGUGGGGUAGUCAAAGUGGAGAAAGAAUUAGAAAAUACAGAGCAGCCUGUUGGUGGUGGGAGUGAAGUAGUAGAGCACGAGGUCACAGAAAACCUAAAUUCUGACCCCUUGCUUGAACUCUGCCAGUGUCCCCUCUGCCAGAUAGACUGUGGGAGUCGGGAGCAACUGAUUGCACACGUGUACCAGCAUACUGCAGCAGUGGUGAGUGCCAAGAGUUACAUGUGCCCUGUCUGUGGACGGGCCCUUAGCUCCCCAGGGUCAUUGGGUCGCCACCUCCUGAUCCAUUCGGAAGACCAACGGUCUAACUGUGCUGUGUGUGGAGCCCGUUUUACUAGCCAUGCCACUUUUAACAGUGAGAAACUUCCUGAAGUACUUAAUAUGGAAUCCCUACCCCAAGUCCACAGUGAGGGCCCCUCCAGUGCUGAAGGGAAGGACAUUGCCUGUAGUCCUCCAGUAUACCCUGCUGGAAUUCUGCUUGUGUGCAACAACUGUGCUGCCUACCGCAAGCUCCUGGAAACACAGACCCCCAGCGUGCGCAAGUGGGCCCUCCGUCGACAGAAUGAACCUUUGGAAGUACGGCUACAACGACUUGAACGAGAACGCACAGCCAAGAAGAGUCGGCGAGACAAUGAGACCCCAGAGGAGCGGGAGGUCAGACGCAUGAGGGACCGUGAAGCCAAGCGCCUGCAGCGCAUGCAGGAGACAGAUGAGCAGCGAGCUCGCCGGCUACAGCGAGACCGUGAGGCCAUGAGGCUGAAGCGGGCCAAUGAAACUCCAGAGAAGCGGCAAGCCCGACUCAUCCGGGAGCGAGAAGCUAAGAGGCUCAAGAGGAGACUGGAGAAAAUGGACAUGAUGUUGCGAGCUCAGUUUGGUCAGGACCCUUCUGCCAUGGCAGCCUUAGCAGCUGAAAUGAACUUCUUCCAGCUGCCUGUGAGUGGGGUAGAGUUGGACAGCCAGCUUCUGGGGAAAAUGGCUUUUGACGAACAGAACAGCAGCUCUCUGCACUGAACCGCACCCUCCUGCCUGACUUCCCGUCCACUCCAGCCCAUAGGGAUCAGUGCUGCUGUCACCCAGGAGGCCACAGUCCUUGCUGCCACAGGCAGGCCUGGGUUGGUUGCAGGGAAACCUGUGCACCCUCUGCAUGUGGGAACAUGAUGGGGUCAGGAGGGACCCGGCUCAAGGCAGCUCUGGACAAAGGAGCAGGCACUCCAGAAACCUGGACUCCUCAGUCCACUGUGGCAGGCCAGGGUUAUGGGACUGUAGGACCCCAGUACAGUCCAUGAAGCUGUGAGGGCAAAUAAAUUAAUUUUAUCUUUACUGGC